UUUGGCUCGAGAGCGGCGGCGCCCCGAGGCGCCCGCCCGCCCGCAGCCUGGGCCUUGGCGCGCGCGCUCUCGCGCGAGUGCGCGGUGCGCGGGCACUGGCGAAGACCGCGCAGAAUGAUGCGGCAAAGCGCCACGCCGCCCGAGCCGGAGCAGGACCACUGGGCGCGGCUCGUGGACGACGCGCUGGCCGGCGUGCUGCCGCAGGAGAGCCGCGCGGCGCCGGCCGCCGAGCGGCCGCUGGAGCCCGGCGGCCCGCGGCUGCCCUGCGUCGCGGCCGGCGGGGCAGCGCUGCCGGAGCGGGGGGCCCCCGCUGCUGCUCUGCCUGCGGCCCUCGCGGCGCUGCAGGCGCGGGAGUCCGUCCGCAAGGCGGUGAGCGACCUCUCGGCGGAGGUCGACGGGAUCCUCCGGCUGCAGGAGGCGGCCACGGCGUCGGAGGUCGGCAGGCUCCGCGCGGAGAUCGAGGCGCUGCAGGGGCGAGGCGCCGGCGACUGGGGCGUGCCUGGUCAGAGCGCCCAGGGGUGGGGCAGGGACGUGGCGGCGUCUGGGCAGGAGGCCGCCCUCGAUGCUGCGGUGGGCCAGAGGUCGAGCAGCCUCUCUCUCUUUCUGAAGCCCGGGUCCCUGUCGGCGCCGCACGGGAUAUGCGCCUCCUCCAUGUGCUCCUCCAACGCCACGAGGGAAGUGACGCAUGUCGGGGAGGUGAAGGAAAAGGGCAGGGAGUCCAAUCCCGCCAGCGUUGGUGGCGCGGGGAGGCAGUGGUUAUCGGCGCUCCCUAGCCCUGCCACAGCCUCCAUGAGGAUGAGGGAGUACAGCAUGAACAUGAAGAGCAAGGUAAAAGACGCAAUGAACAUGCAAGAGCGCGGCGAUGAGUUCGUCCUUCUGAAGAAGUCAGGCUGGGCGCAGCGGAUCGCCCGGAGCCUCGUAUUCGAGUACUUCACGCUGUUCGUGAUCGCCCUCAGCGCCGUGUGGAUCGCGGUCGACGUGGACCUGAACAGAGCGGACGACCCUCGGGACGCGCCGCUCCAGUUCCAGGUCGCCGACCAGUUCUUCUGCGUGUACUUCACGCUGGAGAUCCUGGUCCGCUUCGCCGCGUACCUCUCCAAGUGGCACGUGCUCAGGGACGCGUGGUUCCUCUUCGACUCCGGGCUGGUCGUGCUCACGGUCGUGGACACCUGGGUGGUCCGGCUGAUCCUCGCCCUGUCCGACAGCUCGCAGGGAUCAGACGGAGGCACCACUUCGAUGAUCAGCCGGCUCUUCCGGCUGCUCCGCCUCGCCCGGAUGGCCAGGAUGGUCCGGCUGGUGACCGCGGUCCCAGAGCUGAUGAUCAUCGUGAGGGGCAUGGCAGCGGCCGCUCGCUCCGUGAUCCUCACGCUAUUCUUGCUGACCAUCCUGACGUACGUGUUCGCCGUGGCCCUCCGGCAGGUCACCGACGGAACCGAUGUCGGGGGGGCGUACUUCAGGAGCGUCCCGGCGGCCAUGGCCUCCCUGUUGUUGCACGGCACGAUUCCCGACCAGGCCCCCUUCCUGGAGACCUCGGCUAAGUGGGGCGACGGAUAA